AUGAAAAAGAAAUAUGAAGGCAAUGCUACAGUGAAGCGCUCGACUCUUCAAGCCUUGAGAAGAGACUUUGAAACUCUCGAAAUGAAGGUUGGUGAAACAAUUACUGAUUAUUUUGCUAGAGUCAUGUCAGUAGUAAACAAGAUGAGAGUGUAUGGGGAGGCUAUGACUGAUGUUACAAUUUGUGAGAAAAUUCUUAGAUCCCUCACUGACAAAUUUAAUUAUAUAGUCUGUUCGAUUGAGGAGUCUAGGGAUAUGGAUGCACUCACUAUUGAUGAGCUUCAAAGCUCGCUCAUUGUGCAUGAGCAAAAGUUUCACAGGAGCAGUGGCGUUGAGCAAGCUCUGAAGGUGACAACUGAUGAAAGAGUUGGAGGCAGAGGUCAUCGAAGAAGCAAUUACUGA